AUGGACGAGCUGGAACUUGCCCAAGCUGAGGCUGAGUUUGUCCACGCUGGGCUUGCACAACACAGGGCCGACAGGAAAAGAGGUUCAUCCCUCUUGGUGCCGAGACUGCAGUUCAAGCGGCGCCACAGGGCCACACGCCUCUUGGGUUUCAAACCCAAAGCAUUUCAAGCACAGGGCCCAAAAGCAAAGACUGCAAAAACCACAGCCACAAAAAAGGGUGUCAGAAGAGCAGUGGCCAAGUACAAGGCUGGCCAGAAGGCCGCCGGGCGACCCACCAGGCCAGGGAAGGGCGAGUUGAAGGCAAGGCAGUUCGAUCCGAGGGGAAAUGCUCCGAUGAUUGUCACUGGCUCAGAUUGCUCAGGUCUGGACACUGCUACUGCUGCUUUGAAAAUGGCAGGCCUCGAGCCCUGCACGGUGUUCUUGUCUGAGAAAGAUGCCCACACCAGAAAAGUGUUGGAGAGCAAUUAUGCUACUGGUGGAGCUUAUGCAGUCGACGGCAUUGGUGGCUUGCCCCAUGCUGGCAGCAAGCCUCGGAUUUUCAACAACAUCAUGGAUAAACGUGCUGAUGUGCUGCUGCGUGUUCUGCAAACGAUUAAGACCAUUCAGCCCCUGACAUUUGCCUUGGAGAAUGUCAAACCAUUAGCGCGGCACAAGAAGUUCAAGCUCCUCUUUGAUUUCAUUUUGGCUUUCCUACGUUCCAUCGAAGAUGCAAAUGGCAAGAAAGUGAGCGUGUCCAGUUUGCUGGACUGCACAGAUGUCUCUGACUUACACCACGGCGUGGCCACGGAGAAAGGCAAAGCAAGGGUCCAGCAGCACCUGGUGUCAGUCGCCAAAAUGAUCCAGGAUUCCAUCCUGAAGUGUUCUGCCACGAAGGCGUCACAGGAUGCUGUGUGGUGCGCCGAUGUGGGGUGCAGCUUGAAGCGUGGCGCGACAGCCCUGCCUGAAAAGUCACCGACGUUGACGCACAGUCGGUGCAAGUCUGGAGGUCACAUGUUGCUACCCAUGCAGCGGUACAUGACUUUGAAUGAACUUGAAGAACUUCAGGGGUUUCCAGGACGACAUUUACGGAUCCCUACCGGAGUCAGCAAGAAGAAGUAUGCAGGCAUGCUUGGCAACGCUUUCACUGUCAAUGUGAUCGGCAGGGUUGCGUUGAAUUUGCUGAAAAUGGUUGGCAAGGUGCCCCCCGAACAUUUUGACCCAUGGGCAAUGCCGAGCAUGAAGCAUGACUUUGUCGACUACAGCCGCUUCAGUGGAAUGAAGCGCCGCUGCGUGAGGAGAGAUGGUCACACAGGACACAAGGCCCAACUCAUGGAGGAUUUACUGCCAGAGCACAUGGAUGUUGAACAAUGCUUGCAGGACUUCAGGCCAGAGCAGAUCGAGCCUGUGACAGACUUUGGCAAGAAAUGGAAAAGACUUGGGCCCAGAUGGGUGGCACAGUACCCUUGGCUACACUGCACAAGGAACCGAGCUGGAGAAGUGAACAGUGUGUACUGUAAGGCAUGCAAGCUUCAUGGCAAGUUCCACGCUGAGUUUCGAACAGUGUCCUCGUUGCAGAAGGCGCACUUCGAUAAACAUGAGCGAGCUAAGAGCCACAGGAUAGCAGUUUCUGAUCCUGACGUUCGCUUGGCCCUUGUUGCCCCUCCAGUUGCUGCUUUCGUGGAAGCUCUGCGUUUGGUCCGCCAGGGUAAAGCAGGAGGGGCUGAAGGCACCGGAACUUUGAAACGUGACAAGUUGCUCAAAGCUAAGUAUUGCUUGGCUGAAGCUUUAAAGUUUCAAACUCGCAGGGACUUGAGGAGUUGCAAUUGUUUGACUUUGCACUCGGAUGCUUCCACAGGGAAACUACUUUUGCGUGUGCAAGGUUGUGGCCCACAGCUGCGGCCAGUUCAUGCUUUGGUGGGGUGCCAAAAGCUUGAAGACUUUGACUCCCACGGCAUUGCCAAAUGUGUCUUGCUGAUGUUGGCGGAUUUGUGCUCACCAUUCAAGCACAGCGAAUCCUUUGAAACGAGCCAGGCGCUGAAUGAAGAUGUCACCUCCAUGGACAAAGCUUUGUUGGCCCAUCUCUUUGAGAUCACAGAGGUCUUCAACGCAGACGCAGCUGCAGAUGAGCAAUUGGCUGGCCAGAUCCUUGAAUCUGGUAAUAAUAGAUUCCUGGAGGCUUGCCCCGGAACUUGUCCUGCCUUGCUUGAAGCUUUGGAUGUGAACAUGGCUACAUUCUCAGAAGUGUUCCCAAACUUGAAGGUCAUCAACAAAGACAAGCCCCAUGCCGCCCGUAGGAUUGUCAGCCGGACAUGGAAAUGCGACCGUGUCCUCGACCAAAUUGUGAAGAAAGUGUUCAUGGACACCGAUGGCAUUGUGCAACAGAUUCAUUUCUCCGAUGUGUUGCGGUCCAUGUAUGCCCAGAACGUUCGAGCCAUGCAGCUCACCCCCUUGUGGAAUGAGAUUUCGGACAAAUUUUCUGCAGCGAAGCACCGAUUCGAUUCGUGGAGCAUGCCCUUUGCUAAAGUUUGCCUCACGCUAGAUGCUGUGAUCCGAACAGCCCAGUCUGCCCAUGAAGAGAGGAAAAAUGAAAAGGUUGGCCACGCAGCUCGGACAUUCUUAGACCUUCUGUCUGAGAAAACAGGUUUGCUCAUUGGGAUGCUUGCUGAUGCUGGAGAGGAAAAUCUGCAGUUGACCAGGCGCUUGGAUUCUGAGAGAACCACGUCAGGAAGCCUUGCCAUUGCAGUGCAGCAGUUUGUCAUGAAGUUGGAGGUGCUGUUUCUGAAAGGAGCAGUCGUGAAGACUGGCUACACAGCCCACCUUUUGGACCAAUUGCAGAAGCCACGGACGAUAUACAUUGACAAAGUGGCCAAACGGUUCGGUGGCUUGCCCCAGCCGCAGAUGGCGACGGUCGUUUACCGAUGCUUGAAACGCUGUGCUUCCUGGGUGCAGCUAGCGCAGGAAGUGGUCGCAACGGAGUUUCCAGCGUUUGAGAUUUUGCAGUCUAUGUCCAUUUUCCAUUUGGAAUCGUUGAAUGACAAAGUGCACAGAAGAGACGACCACAGGACUGAAGCACGAGAUGUUAGCGAUAAGAUCCACAAAGUGUCAAACGUUUUGUCCUUGGAUGAGUGCGCGCUGUCAAGCCAGUUUGCAGACUACCACCCUGUAGCUCAGCACAAGUUUGAAUCCGCUGCAGACAUGGAACCAGUGAUGGCCUGGAAAGCAGCUUUGGAUACAGUUCUGGAGGACAAGCGAAAUCUCCAGCACCAGCCCCAAGAGGAACUCAGGCAGGCUCUGAGUAGAGCUAUUGGCUGGGGCUGCUCCAGUUCGGGUGUGGAGCAAAACUUUGCAGGUGUCCGAACAUUGACAAAAAACAAAGGAAACAUGACGGAAGUGAACCUGAGGGAUGAAAUUUUCCUCUUGACCACACAAAAUUGGACCGAAACUCAAGACCAGGAGUUGGCAAAGGCUGCUGCGGUGAUUUGGUCUCAACUUUUUGGGACAGUGAAAGCCGCAAGUUCCAAAGACUCAGUCUUAAGAUCUGUAGCAGCGCAGCGUGGGUGGAAGAAAAGGGCCAGAGAAGGCACAUGGCAAGCUUUUCGGAGGCAACGUGCUGCUGCAGUGGCGCAGGAAGUGAAAAAAUGCGGAGAUGACCCGACACCAGGAUUUUUGGUCCACGAAAACGAGCAUUGGACACAAGAACAUGAGAAAGAAACGCAGUUACAAAAAAAAAGGCGUAAAGAACGUGCUUUGGAAGCAGCUGCUCGCAAUGGGCUUACACCGGAAGAAAAACUCAAUGAAAUAGGUCCAGACCAUGAGCAAGCCGUGGAGGACUUCAAAGCUGCGAGAAGUCAGAAAGUGAGAAGCUACUUGGCCCAAAAAAUCCGAGACACAAAGAAAAAAGAGAAAGCUGCGGCAUCAAUUUUUUCUUUGUGCAGUGGCAAGAAAGUUUUGAUUUCAACAAUCCAAGCCGCUCCAAGCCUUGUGCUGGACCAGCACAUGGACAAGUUGGGUGCAAAAUAUCUUCCCUUCUGCGUGCGGACGCGUUUGUUGUUCCAGAUGUCACAGAUCCUGCUGCAGAAACUUUGUGGCACGCAUUCCUUUCCGGAGGUUUGCUCCUCAGCCCUCAAGCGUUUAGUCAUGGCGAGGGACCAGCUGUGA